CUACCAGCACACCACCAUCAUYAAAUCGUCUUCUUCUACUUCUACUUCUACUUCUUCUACUUCUUCUUCUUCGAUAACACGACUUCCUUUACCUCCAUUUCCUCGUUCUCCUCCUCGACCUCAUUGAGAAUGUGUAUCGGAGCGUAAGAAGACGUAGUAGCAGCAGUGGCAAUAAAAUGUCGUCCGCAUUAUCGUGAAAAUGUGCGAAAGGGGGAUGGGGUGGACUACAGCAGAAAGCUUUAGAGGGGGUUGGUCCACCCCCGCCGGUGCUACCACCGUUGGAUGUAGAAACUCCGCGAUGAGUUUCGGGGGCAGUGUACCUUCACUUCACCCAGCUGGUUCGAUAAGAUCCUUACGUUCCCAGCAUUCCAUGCAGUGUCCACAAGAGACACCGCAAAGAUGCAUACAUUGUCAUCCCGUACACGCAUCUAACAAUCCUAACAAUUACAUACAUCAUCCUAUGCAGUAUUACACCCCCAGUCACUGUGCAGAAGUUCAACAACAAAAUGGGACGUAUACGCCACAUCGAAGUUCUUAUCAUGGUGACACUCGAAUACGUUACACGGAUACGGAAGAAAGUUUGGCAGGAAACGCAAAUUGGGUACUCGGUGAUUUACGAAGUCUUCAUCGUUGUGUUCCCGCAUUGCGACGUACAGGCAUAGACGUUGCCGGUAUGCGAGCACAUUUCUAUCCGGAAGGUGGCUGGGGGUGGUUAGUAUGUGCAGCUGGCUUUCUCGCCCUGUUGCUCACUACAGGAAUGCAACUAGCCUUCGGCUUUCUUCAUCUUUAUGCUGCACGUCAUUUCGGCGAGUUACACAUGAUGGACAUAGCAUGGGCAGGAGCUUUAAGUGCUGCGGUUUCACGUGGUUCUGCACCAUUGGUUGUCGGCGCGUGUCGUCGUGGAAGUACACGGCUCACCGCUGUCACUGGUGGCCUUGUAUUGGCAUUAGCUUCGCUUUUUACUUCCUUUGCCCUACAAAUGCAUCAGGUUCUUUUGAGCUACGGGUUAGUCUUGGGAACAGGGGCCGGUUUGGUGAGAGAGACUGCUGGUUUGGUACUAGGCCAUUACUUUAAAAGACGACGAGAGUUCGUUGAGAUGGUGGUGCAAGCUGGCACGGGGGUGGGAAUUGCCCUCUUCAGCGUAUUUUACAAGGAAGCGGUUGGAAAGCUAGGCUGGAGAUUAGGGUUGCAGGCGGUUACAGGAGCACUCUUCUUGGCCUUUUUCCUUGGUCUGAUUUAUAGGAGUGCUUCUCUUUACCAUCCUCAACGUAGAGCAAUAUUACAUCUCAAAAAUCAACGUACCAAAGUGAAAGAAAAAAAAUCAGCAACUAAGGUACCAACCCAACCGUUGGUUGAUCUCAGUCCUUUGGGAAGUAGACCAGUCAGAAUGUUGAUGUUGGCAGCUGGUGCAGCUGGUUUCGGACUUUACACUCCAGCAUUUUACAUAGCAUUGCAAGGAUAUCAAGACGGUCUGGAAGCAAGUUCGUUGGUAUUACUACAGACCUGCUUGGGUUUGGCAGCAGCACUGGGUUGCGCGGCAUGGGGGGUAGUUACAGCUAGACCAUCUGCUCAGUGCUUGGUGUCCAGGCAAUAUCUCUGCCAAGCAGCACUUCUCGGAGUUGCCGUAGCUCAGGUGGCGCUUGGUAGUGUGCAAGGUUAUCACGGAUUGGUGUUGGCAUCAGGCCUUUAUGGAGCUUCUCUUGGUGGUGCCCUUUACUCCCUCAAGAUGUUGGCUCUCGAAAGAGUAAGGGCAAGACAUUUCGCGAGAUCUUGGGCUCUCGUUCAAGCAGCAGAAGCUUUACCCAUCCUACUCGGAGUUCCUCUUACUGGUUACAUGAAUGCUAGCAGCCCAAGGGUAGGCUACUAUGCGUGCACGUUGAGUUCCUUGUGCGGCGCCGCGUUGCUCUUCUUGGUUGGUUGGGGUCGACAACCGACAUCACCAGUUUUACCCGGGCCACGUUUAUCCAGUCUUGGUGCCGUACCACCGCCUUGUGCCUGUCCACCACCACCAAGACCAAGGUUACCCAAAUCUCAAUCCCUACAUGUACCACUCGACGUCGAGGAGAACAUGCACGAGAGGGAAAGCGAGAGUAUACACACUGCCGAACAUUAUUACCAACCACAAUUUCAUACUCCGCUUAGACCAAGCAAGAGUGUACCAGAAGGUUUGAGUCAUCCUCAUCAACCGGAUCCUUAUAGGACGAGACCUAGGCGUUAUCGUGACGUUACUGUUAUCGAACAAAUUACUACCAGUGUUUAAAGAAACAUUCCUUGUUAGUAUAAUAUGCGUAAUUUAAGCUUUUAAACAAAAUAUCAUAAGUAACACACACUAUGUUUUAUGCCUUAAUAAUUUUGGAAACACGAUUAUACAUAUUGGUGGAAAGUUGGGUGAAAUUCGAAGAAUUCAUAGAAAUUUAGGCAGUUUUAUGUCAGGAUUGAAUCUAUAGAUUGAAACCAUUUCAUUGUUUAUGGAGAAAACGUUCAGUUACACGAAAAGGAAUGCUCGGUCAAAAAAUAAAUCUAUAAAUAAUACCCAGAACUGUCUGGCUUUUCAAUCAUUAAAAAGGAGCUUAAAAUCGAUUCUCUAUUAAGGCAUGUUGAUGUCGACUAUUUCGUAUGCGUGAGUGUUACGUUAACGAAAGACCAAAUGUGUUUACAUAAUCGUUGGGCUCGUGUGUGUAUGUGUGUGCAUGCGUGUGCGUAUGCGUGUAUGUAUAUGUAUGUAUCGUUUAAACGAAAUAUGUAUGUGUAUAUGUAGAGAAAACGGAUCGAUCGACGUUUUCCAUGGAAUAACUCAAAAUAAGGAUAAUCAAAAAUAUUCCUAAAUAAAAAAAGACAUUAAUCAAAUAUUCUAUAAAAAUAAAACAUAAGUUAGAUAAUUGUAAGACUUAAACGGCAAAAGAAAAAAACGGAAACUAUGGUAGUAAAAAAAAUAAAAAACAAAAAUAAAAGGAAACGUGCUAUUCGAUCUUUCCGUGGACUUUGUCUUUGUCGUCGUGAUAAAAAAUAAGGAAGAUAAUUAAAGAAAAAUUAAAAAAAAAUUAAAUAAUCGAAAAAUAUAUUCUCUCUUGUCUUAUUAAGAACUCAACACGUGCGCGCAAGUGUAUCUCUGAUUAAUUAAACAUUGGAUGUAAACGAACUUAUCUUAUUAUUUGUAUUUACUUAUAUCUCGAACGAGCGAACUGAAUCGAGUUCGUAAUGAGUCGAUUUACAUACACGUAUAUAAUCGAAUACCCUAGUUAUGUAAUAACACCAUGUACAGAGUGGGCCAAAAGUUCUCUAACGAUUUUGAAGAUUGACUUUAUAGACUCACAUUUAAAUUUGUAGUUUUACUUGAAAAUUAGCUAAUGGAGUAUUGAAAAAAAAAGAAAAAAAAAUUAUUAAUAUUUAAAAUGAUCUACGAACUUUUGUUCCCAUCCUGUAUAAAUUAGACUAAAAUAUUUAUUCCCGUUAACGAGACGUUAGUUAUACUAUUACAGACACACAUAUACAACUGCGAGAAGGUGAAGAACGAUUCCAUUGACAGUAAUAAAAUGAUCGAAUAAUUAGAUUUGUUUCUUUUUAUUUUCGUGCAUGAAACACGCUGACAUCGUUUCGACCGAAAAAGAAUCUCCGAUACCCCUGUAUGUCAUGUACAAAACACAUAUCGUGUUUAACGCUAAAUCUAUCGACAUUUCAUGUAUACUACCUAUUUCUACCGUGAGCGAUCAAAUGAUCGCUAUAGAAUGAGAUUUUAGCCAAUUGAAUAGUAGACAAUAUAUAUAUUCCUUUAUUUAGAA